AUGGGAAGUUCUCUUGAUGAUUCUAUAACCACUUCCCAAAUUGGUGCAACCACUGUUGGUGCAGCAAGUGUUGCUGCUUCUCAAAAUCUCGAUGUGUCUCAUCCUUACUUUCUUGCACCUUCAGACUUUCCAGGAAUGCAGCUUGUAACCUCGCCUUUUGAUGGUAAAGGAUAUGGAGGAUGGAAGAGGAGCAUGUUGAUUGCUUUGACAACAAAGAACAAAGUGGGUUUCAUCAAUGGAAGCUGCCCUGAACCAGAAAUCAACUCAAAUCUAUACACUUCAUGGACUAGAUGCAACAAUAUGGUAAUCUCUUGGUUAUUAAACUCACUCUCUAAAGAAAUCAGUGAAAGUGUAAUUUAUUCUUCUACUGCUAAAGACCUUUGGAAUGAACUAGAAGAAAGGUUUGGGCAAAGCUGUGGAACCAGACUUUUUCAGUUGCAGAAAGAACUAAGUAUUUUGAACCAAGGGUCUAAUGACAUAGCUGGAUACUACACUAAGCUGAAACAUAUUUGGGAUAAACUUGACACUCUUGGUGCUUACGAGAUUUGUAGUUGCAACUGUAACUGUGGGGUUAGGUUAAAAAUAUAA